UUUAUUUUUAUAGAUUUCAGGUGAAUUGGAGGGUUCUGUUGAGCUCCAGUACACGUCAGAAUGCCAGAUUUUCAGAGAGAGGAUGGCCUUCUCUCUCCACCUUCAGGAGAAUGACAGGUUUCCUAUUCACCGGUUGGCAGCUCAGGCCCUUUUGCAAAAUCUGAAGGGAGCAACUUCAGUGAAAAAGCAGAACUUGGCAUUGGAGACAAGCUUGAGCUCCAGAGUGUUGUGUGACCAGACUGCCUAUGUGGUAGUAAACACAGACCUGGGCAAGCCACUGCAGACUUCUCUUUACUUCCAAAGAAUUCCUGUUGCCUGCCCAUUCAACUUGUGCAACCGUCGUUUGAUAAAUCCUAAACCGAUGGUAGAAGAAGUCGUGAACAUCAGUUAGAGCUAUAUAUGUUUUCCUGUUGGGGGUCAAGAGGAUAU